AUGCUGAGAAACAUUUUGGUGAGAAGCGCUGGCAACCAUCUGAAAUACGGUUGCAGAUAUGUGAAAUCAUCAGCUCUCUUAGGGCGUAAGACAAAAGUCAAAUACUAUUCCACUAAGAUACAAACAAGACUAACCAGCGAGAACUACCCAGACGUGAAAAGAGACCCGAGAUUCAAGAAACUGACUUCUGAUGAUCUGAACUAUUUCAAGUCCAUUUUGUCAGAGCAGGAAGUAUUACAAGGCAAUGAGUUGGAGGACCUGUCAUUCUAUAAUGAAGAUUGGAUGAGAAAAUAUAAAGGUCAAUCCAAGUUAGUUUUGAGGCCUAAAACCGUGGAAAAAGUCUCACUGAUUUUGAAUUAUUGUAAUGAUGAAAAAAUUGCUGUUGUACCACAAGGUGGUAACACCGGACUGGUAGGUGGGUCAGUACCCAUUUUUGACGAGCUGAUUCUGUCAUUAGCCAACUUGAACAAAAUAAGACAUUUCGACCCUGUGUCAGGCAUCUUAAAGUGUGAUGCCGGUGUUAUCUUGGAGAAUGCUAAUAAUCACGUAAUGGAGCAAAAUUAUAUGUUCCCCCUGGAUUUAGGUGCUAAAGGUUCUUGUCAUGUUGGUGGUGUGGUUGCUACCAAUGCAGGUGGAUUGAGAUUAUUGCGUUAUGGAUCACUACAUGGCAGUGUGCUAGGUUUGGAAGUAGUCAUGCCCAAUGGUCAAAUCGUUAAUAGUAUGCAUUCCAUGAGAAAGGACAACACCGGUUAUGACUUAAAACAGCUAUUCAUCGGCUCUGAAGGUACUAUUGGUAUCAUUACUGGUGUUUCGGUCUUGACGGUACCUAAGCCAAAGGCUUUCAAUGUCUCCUACUUGGCUGUUGAGAGCUUCGAAGAUGUUCAAAAAGUAUUUGUUAGAGCCAGACAGGAGUUAUCUGAAAUUUUAUCAGCUUUUGAGUUCAUGGAUUCCAAAUCUCAAAUAUUAGCCAAGAGUCAAUUGAAAGAUGCCGCUUUCCCCUUAGAAGACGAGCAUCCAUUUUAUAUUCUUAUCGAGACAUCAGGAUCAAACAAAGAUCACGAUGACGCUAAACUUGAAUCAUUCUUAGAAAGCGUCAUGGAAGAAGGCGUAGUAACAGAUGGUGUGGUGGCACAAGAUGAAACUGAGCUGCAAAACUUAUGGAAAUGGAGAGAAAUGAUUCCAGAGGCAAGCCAAGCUAAUGGUGGUGUUUACAAAUACGAUGUUUCUCUACCUUUAAAGGAUCUAUACUCUUUGGUUGACGCCACCAAUGCCAGGCUAUCUGAAGCUGGAUUGGUCGGAGAUUCACCCAAACCUGUCGUGGGUGCCAUUGGGUAUGGCCAUGUGGGGGAUGGUAAUCUACAUUUAAACGUUGCUGUUAGAGAAUACAACAAGGAAAUUGAGAAAGCUUUAGAACCAUUUGUUUAUGAAUUCGUUUCCUCAAAGCAUGGUUCCGUGAGUGCUGAGCAUGGUUUAGGUUUCCAGAAGAAAAAUUACAUUGGUUAUUCCAAGAGUCCUGAAGAAAUUAGAAUGAUAAAGGAUUUAAAAGCACACUAUGACCCUAAUGCUAUUCUAAACCCUUACAAAUACGUUUGA